ACUCUGCUUUCGUCACUCUGUGUUGGCGCGAACUAGUCUUAAUCCUGGUCGGGGAGUUUUUAGUUUUCCGAGGAGCCCAUCGCAGUUUUGCCUUUUUAUUAACUAUUUUGUGAACUUAAUUGCUUUACUGCAGCUGACAGCCAACGUAGGUUUUUAAAAAUGAUUGGACAGAAGACUAUUCAUUCAUUUUUUUCGCCCGUCUCGAAAAAGAGGAUUUCUAAGGAGUUAAACGAAAACGAGGAGGAUGCUAAGGACCCGAAGAAGCUGAAGCCCUCGGCGGUGGAGUCGGAGCCGACCAGCCCACCUCUUAGCCCUCUGUCCCCGGAGCAGCUGGAGAGGAUCGCCCGCAACAAGAGGGCAGCGCUGGACAAACUCACUUCCGCUCAGACGCCUCCAGGUUUCGGGGAGAGCUGGAGAAGGGGGCUGUCAGCAGAGUUUGGAAAGCCUUAUUUUAAACAACUGAUGAGCUUUGUUGCUGAAGAGAGGAAACGCCACACUGUGUACCCACCUGCUGAACAUGUCUUCACCUGGACGCAGAUGUGUGACAUCAAAGAUGUCAAAGUGGUGAUCCUUGGCCAGGAUCCAUAUCACGGUCCUAACCAAGCCCAUGGACUGUGCUUUAGUGUCAAAAGACCAGUGCCUCCUCCACCCAGUUUGGAGAACAUGUACAAAGAACUGAUUUCAGACAUCGAAGGCUUCCAGCACCCCAAACACGGAGAUCUGACCGGAUGGGCCAAACAAGGUGUGUUGUUGCUCAACGCUGUGUUGACCGUCCGAGCGCACCAGGCCAACUCCCACAAAGACAAAGGCUGGGAGACGUUCACCGACGCUGUGGUGCAGUGGCUCAGCGACAACCUGGAGGGCCUCGUCUUCAUGCUGUGGGGGUCGUAUGCUCAGAAGAAAGGAGCUGCUAUUAACAGGAAACGGCACCAUGUGCUGCAGGCUGUGCAUCCCUCUCCCUUGUCUGCUCAUCGUGGGUUCUUUGGAUGCAGGCAUUUCUCAAAGGCCAAUGAGCUGCUGAAGAAAUCUGGAAAGUCUCCCAUAGACUGGAAGGCACUUUAAGUUGUUAUGCAUGUCAGCUUUAAUAUGCACAACAUUAACUACGGACCAAAAUCCGCCCAUAAGCUUUCUUAGUUUUCUUUUUCAGCAAUAGUAUGUGCAGUGUUUCACAGUUCAUGUUUGUUGUAUACACUGUAUUUCUUAAAAGCCUUACUUCUAUAGUGCAUAUUUGUAUCAUCUGCACUUUCAGUUUCAACAUUGUAAAUAUGUUUGUGUACACUAGUGGCCUUUUUAGUUUGCACAUUAAAGUUAGCUUUUUUCCAACUUUUUUACUUUUCUACUGAAAUGUUGGUUCCAUUAAAGUGGUUCCUACUGCAGAA